CUUUGUACAGCUCUCACAUCGCUAAUGCUAUCGGCAAGCAGUAGGGCUCGGAGUGGAUAACUUGGAAAACGACUUGCCUAACAGGCAUUUGAGGUCUGUAAGCUCUUCCGUGAGUAGACAUAACGUCAGGUACAGUACAGUGAGUGCCAAAAUCCCCAAUAAGAUACAUACAAUGUGGCUUGGCACAUACCAAUAGAGUAAGAGUAAGUCUUUGGCGUCGUUGCCAUGCAGAGCAUUGUUAGUUUAGCUAUCUCUUCGCCCGGGCACAGGAUCCUUCAACCAUGAGGGUGGGUUUCACCCACCGCAUCCGAGGAUUUAUAAGCAUAUCAACUUGAGAUCUUUCACAACAUCUGCGUCUGUUAGCAUUGUUGGAAGCUCGCCAUCAUUGCGUCUGAAGCCCGGUACCCUUGCGGCUCCUGAAGACAUCAGAAUUAAGUAGACAUACCGAAAUAUAGCAUCAACGGGGGUAAUUUCGGUAACGCAAUGGCAGAGCCAUCAACGAUAGAGACCAUGGCCUCCCACCGACUGACAGGUGAUGAGAAGCCGGCGCCAUUGGACCUCAGUCACCACUACUCGGUGGUCACCAAGCGGCGACUGCCGUCCCAGAUCAAAAGAGCGUACAAGUUCUUCCAGAUCCCAGGCAUCCUGAACGCUGCCGGCGGCCUCCCCAACGUGGACUUCUUCCCCUUUGAUACUCUCGAAGCGCAGGCGGCCAAGCCGGAGAGAUGGACGCCCUCACCGAACGAUCCCGGCGAGGCCGCGCUAUCGUCGUCCUCCUCCUCGCCCUCGGACCCCAGGGCAGCCACGCACAUUGCCGUACCCAAGGUCGUCAAUGAACCCGACCCCCUCAAGAAGAUCGACCUCGCCACGGCUCUGCAGUACGGACUCGCCCAGGGGUACCCGCCCCUGUUUUCCUGGGUCCGCCAGUUCACACGCGAGCACCUCCACCCGGACACGCCCUACCGUGGCGGGCCCGAUGUCGUUCUGACCUGCGGUGCGACCGACGGCUUUUCCAAAGCGCUGAACCUGUUCGUCGACCAGUGGACCGAGGGCAUCAAUGAGGCCAGCGAACGCCCCGGCCUUCUCUGCGAGACCUUCUCGUACAGCAAUGCGCUAGACCAGGCGCGGCCGCUGGGCGUGCAGAUCGUUCCCGUCAAGGCGGAUGCUGGCGGCAUGGCAGUGGAGGGGCCCGGAGGGCUGGAGGAUGUCCUGGCCAACUGGGAUCCCUCCAGGGGGAAGAGGCCGCAUCUCAUGUACACCGUCACACUCGGCCACAACCCCACGGGCAGGGUCAUCUCUCUUGAGCGCAAGAGAGAGAUCUAUGCCGUCUGCAGCAAGUACGACGUCAUCAUCGUGGAGGACGAGCCGUACUGGUACCUCCAGUUCCCCUCCGCCGCCGCCGAAGAAGCCCAAUCCCGCGGGCUGCCCCCUCCUCCCGCGGCGCAGCCGCACAAGCCCGCCCACUCCUCCGGCUACGCCUUUCUCGACUCGCUCACCCCAUCCUUCCUCAGCAUCGACAGCGACGGCCGCGUCGUCCGCCUCGACACCUUCUCCAAAACGGUCGCGCCCGGCUGCCGUCUCGGCUGGAUCACCGCGCAGCCCGCCCUCGCGGAGCGCCUCCAGCGGAUCAACGAGCAGACCACCCAGCAGCCGUCGGGCUUUGUGCAGAGCCUCAUCUCUGAGCUCGUCCUCGGGCCCCCCUCCUCCUCCCCCUCCCCGCAGCAACAUUCCGCCCGCUCCGCCUUCUCCCUCCUCCGCACCGCGCGCGAAAAGGCCGCUUUCAAAGGCUGGGACAUGGCCGGCUGGGUGCGCUGGCUCGAGGGCCUGCGCGGGUCCUACGAGCGGCGGAUGGUGCGCAUGUGCCGCAUCCUGGACGCCGGCGCCCGCCUCGUCACCUCCUCCCCCAUCCCUGGCGACGAUGCCACCAUCGCCAUCCACUCCGCGCCCUUGUACACCUACACCUGGCCGCGCGGAGGCAUGUUCAUCUGGCUGCGUGCGCAUCUCGAGUCGCACCCGCUAUGGAACGCCACCACGCGAAACCCGAAGCUCCCCAUGCUGGACGGUCCUGCGCUCUCCACGGCGCUGAUGGUGUGGCUGACGACGAAGCCGUACCUGGUGCUGGUUGCGACAGGGUCCAUGUUCAGUUCUGAUGAGCAGAUCCGCGAGGUCGAAGGGUGGGCGUACUACCGCAUCUGCUUCGCCGCCGAGGCCGAGGAGAACAUCGAUCGCGCGGCGCACAGGUUUGUCCAGGGCGUGCAUGCCUUCUGGGAGGUCGAGGAUGUAAAGGUCGUUGAGCGGUUGUUGGAGGAGCUGGAGACGCAGGCGAACGGGAAUGCCGAAGACCUUGGGGCUGCGGAUGACGAGGUGAGUAAGCUGGGAUGGUACAUGGGGUGCUGAUUAAGUGUUGCUGAUUCAUACGGUGGGGUGUUCGCUAUCUUUUUUCCCCUUUUGUUCAUCUCGGUGUAUGUAUUUCUCGCCAAAACAACCCGGCGCCUGGCUAGAGUUCAUAUGAAACGGGAAUGAGCGGAUGCCAAU